AUGCGCGCGGAAGACGAAGAAGGAGACGCGGCCUUCAAGCCGGGAUACUCAACGUCAUCCUUGUCGACGGCGGCCACAGACGGGGCGCUGGCAAAGCAUGAAUCACAAUGGGGGAUCAGCGGCUUCUUUCGUGUGCUUUGCGACGCAUUCGGAUGGAGGCUACUUCUGAUGCUUACGUUGACCGAGGCGGGUUUGAAGGGCUUCGCCGCGGGCGGUGGCAAUGGCGGCCUAAUUGGCCUGCCUAUCGAAUAUCUCCUAAAGGAGUUCCACGUUAGCGCCGGGAACAUCCAGAUCUACAGGUCGGCUGUGAGCGUGCCAUGGUCCAUCAAGCCGCUAUUGGGACUGAUAUCGGACGCCGUCCCCAUCUUCGGAUACCAUCGUGUUCCAUACUUCUUCUUCGUUACCACUGCAGGCACAAUUUCCUGCCUGUUGAUCGCCUUGUACAGCGAUCUCACGUUGACUAUGCUGCUCAUCCUUUUGUUUUUCGUUUUCCUGAUGGUCGCGUGGAGCGACCUCCUGACCGAAGCCGUCUACUCGGUCGUUCUGCGAGAGAAGCCGGAGCAUGGGCCCAGCCUGAUCUCCUAUGUCUGGGGCGGCAUUAGCUGUGGCCGGCUUCUGGCACUCUUAGCUGUCGGAGAGGUGAUGACGCAUUUCGGCAACCGCACCUCGUACUUGAUCGCAACGCCCAUGGCCGUCUUGUCUCUGCUGGUCCCACUGAUGAAUCUUCCCCAGGAAACCCGGUCGAGAGCCAAGUGUGGAGCCAAGCUGAGUGGUUCUGAGCUGCCGCUGGCAAUUGUCGCCUUCAUCACGGGCUGCGGAACUCUGGGCCUGGCUUUGCUUUCCAUCUUCGGAGGGAGCCUUCAAACAAAGGUCUUUGCUGCGGCAUGUUUGGCUGUGUUGGCCCUGGGCCUGGUCUCCUGCGCGCUCUCCCCCAUCAUCGCGAAGAUGAAUGCGUUCUUCUUCAUCCAGAACAUCUGCUCCUUCGGCAUCGGAGGUGCGCAGUUCUACUUCUUCACUGAUGGUCCGGAGUCAUAUCCGGAAGGACCACACCUUUCGAAGGUCUUCUACACCAGCGCGAUUGGCAUGGUGUCGACCGUCUUCUCUCUGGUGGGCAUGGUCAUCUACAACCGUUGGAUGCAGCGUUGGAGCUACCCACACAUCCUCAUGUUUGGCAACAUCCUCACCGCCGUCUGCAACUUGCUCAACUGCUUGGUCUUCUCACGCUGGAACUUGAAGUUGGGUAUCAACGAUCAUGUCUUCGUCCUCGGGUCGGAUGCGAUUCAGAAUGUGGUGCAAGAGAUCGCGUGGCUGCCGACCAUGCUCCUCAUCUCGCAGCUGUGCCCCAAGGGCUGUGAAGCCACAAUGUUUGCGUUGCUGGCGGGCAUGUCGAACCUGGGCGCAUCGCUGGGCUCAUACUUCGGUGCCUACAUUUUGGUGCUGCUAGGCGUCCAGCCGACGGGCGAAGCGAACGAGUCGGCCGAGUUCGACAACCUUUGGAUUGCAUCAGUUGUCUCUUCGGUCGGCCCCUGCAUUCCCUUGGCUUUGGUAUAUCAGCUCAUCCCGAACGUCGGGCAGAAAGAUACGGUGCCAGGGCUCGCGAGCUCCACGCAGGGCUCCCCUUUGAACAAUCUGCUCGUACGAUGGGGCUGGAUGGAGGAUGAGUCGAGCUCCGAAGAAGUCGAGAUGCAGAAUGUCCUUGGGAAGGGCGACGACAGCGACGAUGAUCGAUGA